GGAAGGGAAGAGAAGAGAAGAGAAGAGAGGAGAGGAGAGGAGAGGAGAGGAGAAGAGAAGAGAAGAGAAGAGAAGAGAAGAGAAGAGAAGAGAAGAGAAGAGAAGAUUACUCGAUUCGAUUACACAAAAUUGCAGAAGGUAUAUGUGUGGUCGCAGGAGAUUGAAGAAGAAAGGUGGUGGCUAUGGUUGUGAUAUCAAUCGAGCGGCGGCGACUAUAGAAAAUUGGAAAAUCGUUGUUGGUAUUCACCGUAGAUGGCCUGGGCAAUUUGCAUCUACAUCUUAUUGUUGGAGCCGAUCGCCUAUUUUGAGGUUUUAUUAAAUGAAGGGUAAGAAAUUAAAAUGAAGGGUAAAAAGUAAUUAGGAGUCUUUCUUAGGGAAUAAUAAAUUUAAAUUCCUGUUUUGAAAUUCUGAGCAUGUUUUAGUCGUAUGUAGAGCAAUUCUUUCUUUUUAUACAUUGUCUAGUUUCUUAAAGAUGUGCCUUACACUACGUGGAAUCUAUUUCAUCUCACAAUUUUUUUAUAUUGUUACCUAGUAUCUGCAAUGGUGGUGUCUAGUCUCUUACACCCACACUUUUACACGUGGGUUUCAUUUUUAUCUCAUUAUUUUUAUGUAUAGCACCUAUACAUCUCCUUACUCAUUUUAACUUUCAUAUUAAUAUCACUUUCAAUUUACUUUCCAUUCACUUUCAUUACUCGAAUCCCAUGUUUAAUGCAUCAAACCCCCUUAUAAUAUAUAAAUUCGGUGCGUUAA